UGUAUAUCUACUCCCGACAGUUGGGGAAGGAAAAGAAAGCAAAGAAUGAAGACUUGAAAACAGAGCAAAGAAAAUAUCAGUUAUGGUUAUGGUUAAAGUUGGCGCCUUUGGAUGAAACUAUAUGAAUGGACGCCAUUUCUGCACCUUCUCUUCUUCCUCCCACCAUCUUCUUUCGCUUUUCUUCUAUGCCCACCAAUCCUUCUCCUUCCCCGCCUCCGCCACUUCUAUAUAAAACUUCUUUAUCUAUCUGUAACCCAAACCCUUCUCGCCGCCCAUUCAAUUCCUCUUCUCCGACCCAAUUCCUCACCUGUCCACAACCCCUCGUCUCUAUUUCAGAACCCCUUUUCGCGUCAUGCCCUGUAAAUACCUCUCUUUCUCCAAUUGCUUCCGGCUUCGACUUGCUUCGCUUAUCCACUCGCUACAGAGACCCUGACCUCGCCAGAACUGUUCAUGCUCGCUUUCUCAAGCUCGAGGAAGAUAUUUAUCUGGGUAAUGCUCUAAUUGCGGCUUAUCUCACAUUGGGACUUGUUCGAGAUGCUGAUAAAGUCUUUUCUGGCCUUUCAUGUCCUAAUGUUGUGUCUUAUACGACGUUGAUUUCUGGGUUUUCCAAGUCGAAUCGUGAAGAUGAAGCUGUUGAGCUUUUCUUUGCGAUGUUGGACUCAGGUAUUGUGCCGAAUGAAUAUACUUUUGUUGCAAUUUUGACUGCUUGCAUCCGAAAUAUGGAUUAUCAGUUAGGUUCACAAGUUCAUGGUAUUGUCGUCAAAUUGGGGUUCCUGAAUUGUGUUUUCAUUUGCAAUGCACUUAUGGGAUUUUAUAGUAAGUGUGGGUUCUUGGAACUUGUACUUAGAUUGUUCGACGAAAUGCCUGAGAGAGACAUCACUUCGUGGAAUACUGUAAUUUCGAGUUUGGUGAAGGAGUUCAAGUACGAUGAAGCAUUUGAUUACUUUCGUGGUAUGCAGCUAUGUAAGGGGCUUAGAGUGGAUCAUUUCUCUCUUUCUACUCUAUUGACUGCCUGUGCGGGCAGUGUUAAGUCAAUGAAAGGCCAACAACUUCACGCUCUUGCUUUGAAGGUCGGGCUAGAGUCUCAAUUGAGCGUGAGCAAUUCCCUUAUUGGUUUCUAUACUAAAUGUGGGAGUGUAGACGAUGUAAUGGAUCUUUUUGAGGCAAUGCCAAUAAGAGAUGUUAUUACUUGGACAGGAAUGAUUACAUCAUACAUGGAAUUUGGGAAGUUAGAUUUGGCAGUGGAAGUCUUUAAUAAGAUGCCGGAGAGGAAUUCCAUCUCUUAUAAUGCAGUUUUGGCAGGACUUUCUAGGAAUGAUGACGGGUCAAAAGCUCUGGAACUGUUCAUUGAAAUGUUGGAGGAGGGCGUGGAAAUAUCGGAUUGCACAUUGACUAGCAUCAUCAAUGCUUGUGGGUUGCUCAAGAAUUUUAAAGUUAGCCAGCAGAUUCAAGGCUUCAUCAUAAAGUUUGGUAUUUUGUCAAAUUCUUGUAUUGAAACAACAUUGGUUGACAUGUAUACAAGGUGUGGAAGGAUGGAGGAUGCUGAAAAGAUGUUUCGUCAGGUUUCAUUAGAGAAUGACAACACUGCAAUGCUAACAUCAAUGAUUUGUGGGUAUGCUCGAAAUCGGCAACUUAAUGAAGCAAUCUCUCUCUUUCAUUCUGGUCAAUCCGAAGGAACCAUUGUUAUAGAUGAAGUUGUGUCGACAUCAAUACUCUCUCUUUGUGGGAGUAUAGGCUUUCAUGGGAUGGGGAAGCAAAUGCAUUGCCAUGCACUUAAAUCAGGUCUCAUAACUGAUACAGGGGUAGGGAAUGCAACGAUUAGCAUGUACUCGAAGUGUUGUAAUAUGGAUGAUGCCGUCCGUGUAUUCAAUACAAUGAACAUGCAAGACAUAGUUUCCUGGAAUGGUUUAGUUGCUGGGCAUAUACUUCAUAGGCAGGGUGAUAAAGCCUUGGAAAUCUGGAAGAAGAUGGAGAAAGCAGGAAUAAAACCUGACAAUAUUACGUUUGUUUUUAUUAUUUCAGCCUACAAACACACUGGAUUGAAUUUAGUUGAUAGUUGUCGUAGUUUAUUUGUCUCUAUGGAAACUAAAUACAAUAUCAAACCCACUUCAGAGCAUUACGCAUCCUUUAUCAGUGUUUUGGGUCGCUGGGGUCUUCUUGAAGAAGCUGAAGAAACCAUCAGGAAGAUGCCUUUUGAACCAGAUGUUUAUGUCUGGCGUGCUUUGCUUGAUAGUUGUAGAAUCAACAAAAAUGAAAGGCUGGAAAAACUUGCUGCGAAAUGCAUACUGGCAAUAGAGCCAAAAGAUCCAUUUACUUACGUACUUAAAUCGAAUCUAUACUCUGCUUCAGGGAGAUGGCAUUAUUCUGAAAAGGUGAGAGAGGAUAUGCGAGGGAAAGGGUUCCGGAAACACCCAAGUCAGAGUUGGAUCAUUCAUGAGAACAAAAUUCAUUCAUUUUAUGCCAGAGACAAGUCUCAUCCUCAGGUAAAAGACAUUUACAGUGGACUAGAGAUACUAAUCUUAGAAUGUUUAAAAGCUGGUUAUGUUCCAGACACAAGUUUUGUUCUUCAAGAAGUAGAGGAACGCCAAAAGAAGGAAUUCUUGUUCUAUCACAGUGGAAAAUUAGCUGCAACUUUCGGGACUCUAAUGACCAAACCGGGAAAGCCUGUUCAAAUUGUGAAGAAUGUCCGUUUGUGUGGGGAUUGCCAUGCCUUUUUGAAAUAUGUUUCUAUUAUCACCAGAAGGAAAAUAUUUCUCAGGGAUACUUCAGGGUUUCACUGCUUUAUAGAUGGCCAAUGCUCGUGUACAGAUUACUGGUAACUAUUUUACACUUCUAAUUAAAUCAUUCAUAAUCUCGUAUCUUUAUGCUUA